AUGAACCAGACCCGAUCAAGCCAGCAGCUGGUCCAGCUGCUUCCAGUGCUGAUUUAUUCAGCGUGUGCGGAUUUCGAUACCCUAUCACAGCUUGGAAAAGAGUGGAAUAUGCUGACGAUCCUCACUGGCUUAACAAUAAAAGGAUUUCGAGAUCGUGAUCGCUACCCUACCAGUAUAUCCCUAGGAUACUUUAACUUCCAUGGUUAUUUAUCCAUUGUGGCAGCGCUGUUGCGGCGCUACAGCUGGCAGACCGUGUGCUUGGCUUAUGACGUGUCCCAGCAAAUUCCCUUUAGCUACAAUAUCUACAGACGACUAGAUUCAUACUUGAAAAAGCUCAUAAUAACCAUGAAGACAGAUGAUAGCUUGGAAAAUGGACACUGUUCGAAAGGUCACCGGCACAAUAGUCGGACAUCGGACAGCGGUUGCCCAGAACGGCGACGCCUUCAAUUAUUUGCCUAUGCCCACAACGCUUCGGACACCAUCGACUAUGGGCGCAUUGUUGCUGAUAUUGCUCUUAACUGUCGCGUGGUAAUUAUCUCCAGCACGCCUCUGGUCACCCGGGAAAUCUUGAUCCAAGCAUUUAGACGACAGCAAGGCAACUUUCAUGAAUAUGUCUGGAUCAGUUUAGAACUGCCGGAAAAUCCUCUGGGAUUAACGCGAUGGCACAGCAGUGGUGGAAUUCCGAACGCUAAUGUUACCAGGACAUUUUGCAGUACCACGACGAAGCAGAAUUGUAAUUCCAUAGAAAACGAAGAGAAUUCCGACGAGGUGGCACUGGCUGCUUUUUCGAAGGCCUCUAUAUUGCAAGUGGUCAACUGUAUUGAACACGAUGAGCAGCUGGCCGGUUCGUUGCGCUCGCAGUUUAUGAACUUAACUAUUGAGAAAUACAACGCCUCAUACAAACCGGGAAGCAAGCCAACUGAAUCAACCAUGUCAGCGUACAGCGCAGUUCACGUAAUGGCCAGCGUGAUUAAUGAAAGCUUCUCGGAUUUCAACUUAGCUGCUGGCCCUUAUAAUUACGAAAACAAGAAACAGUGGCCAUUUGGAAGCAUGUUGGCGGAAAAGUUUUUGAAUCGAGAGUUUGCUGACGGAGAGAAUGGCGGUGUAUUUGUUGAUGACUUUGGUGAACGACAAGUGCCGGUUUGUGUAUCCAUAUUUGACCGACAAACCAAACUCUUUCAGAGAGUUCAGAUUCUGGAUCAUACAAACCAAGAUUUGCAAGAGAUAAGGAAUACAUCAUUUAAACUUGUGUGGAAGACACCCGAUGGAAAACCACCGCAAAAUGAACCUGUAUGCGGAUUUCGAAAUCAAAAGUGCUCGUCUAAUACAGAAAAUGAUCUGAUGCUCGCUCUUGUGGUGACAUGCGGAAGUUUGUCCUUUGGAUUAAUCGUCGUUGCACUUUUCAUGAGACGUUUACUGAGAAAUGGGGCAGACGCAAGGUGGCAAUUGGAUGUCAGCCAAUUAAAGGUGCAGCUCCAGCAGCGCUCGACUGGGGUGAGGUACCACAAAGCAUCAACUCUAAUCUCCGAUUCAGUCGAGCCUGCUAAGCCAUUCAAAGCCGACAGCACUGACUUUGUCGGUUGCUCGUCUGAUCCCAGUGCAAUAGCCCUACUACAAAUGCAUGGCGGCGGACGGCAUGUGACUGUAUUUUAUCAAGGCGUUAUGGUUUUUGCCAAAAUGUUUUUCUUACGAGUGGCCAGUGAGCAGCUGGUUACAAGGAGAAAAAGCAUUAGCCGGCAAAAAAGCGUUAGCGAGGCCGAAAGUACACUCUUGUUCACUUUCAGCAAAGCUAUUCGUUUGAUACAACAGGUCUGGCAACUGUCUCAUCAUCACAUGAACAUCAGCACCGUGAUUGGUUUCCACUUGUGUCCAAUAUCCAUACCCCCCGGCGAUGAACCGGGCGUCUGUGCCAUCGUUUUGAGUGAAUAUUGCCACCGAGGGAACAUUGCGGAUCUAAUAAGGAGCAAUGUUCGUUUGGACUGGGAUAUGCUGACGUCGUUGUUUAUGGACCUCACACAGGCUAUCUUUCUGGUCCACACAUCUCCGCUACAUCGUCACGGUCACCUGCGACCUGAAGUGUGUUUAGUGGACAAAAGGUUGUCGCUUAAGCUGGCUUGCGUUGGAAUAUACGACAUCUUUGGUACCGAUCGCCGCUUCUGCUUAAGUAGUAGUCCGUCAGCAAACAACCUACCCGAUCUGGUAUCUCGGCCUUGUACAGAAGCUACCAAAGCGUUUAACAAAGAUUAUCUAGCGAAGUGGUGCACUCCGGAGCUGCAAGGAUUCCUAUACAGUUCGCAGUGUAACGAUAUGGUUGCACUGGUCAUUCAUGCCCUGAACACGCAGUCUGCAGAUAUGUACUCGUUAAGUAAGAUCUUUCAGUAUUUUCUCGAUUACUACAUGGAACAAGAAACACCCGCGGGAAAGCACGCUACCGGUACAAGUCAACCAGAAGACCGGGUUCGAACGUCAACAAUGUCGGGGAAAAGGAUCAGAGUGACCAUUAAUACUGCCGACCGUAGAUACACAACAGUGCGCCACGAAAUACCGAAGCAUCGCAACAGCAAACGGAGUCAAGCGCGUAUGCGGUUACACAUGACCAUUUCGGCCUGCUUAAACGGCGAUCCGAGUAAGCGCCCAACGAUUCAGCGUAUUCGAGCGGUUAUGAAGGAGCUGAAUACUGGAGAUGACACAGGUCACAGCGUUGUAGAGGUUUUUAUGAAGCGCAUCGAAAAAUACACAGGCCAACUAGAACAAGCCGUGGCCGAGCGCUCACAAGAGCUGCUAAACGAACGUCGACUAUGCGACGAGCUGCUUCAGGAAAUGCUACCAAUAGAAAUAAUCCGGAGACUAAAGUCGGGCGAAGAGAUCCAGCCGGAAAAUUUUGCGAGUGUCAGCAUCAUGUUCAGUUAUCUGCCGGGCUUUUCCGAGUUUUCAGCAUAUCAGAAGGAAUCCCCUGUUGUGGUGACAAUAUUCCUGAACGAGUUAUUUGGACAAUUCGACAAAGCACUGAGCGCCUUUCGGGUGUACAAGGUGGAAACCGUCGGCGACAGUUACAUGGUAGCCAGUGGAUUGCCGGUUGUGUACGAUAAGCACGCAUGGGAAUUAUGCCGAGGAAGUUGUGCUCUUCGACAAGCCUUUGCGAAGGUCCUCACCCGGCAUACAGCACUUGAUAACAGUAAUCGGCAACGGAUCAAGAUGGAUGACACUUUACAAAUUCAAAUCGGCAUAAACACCGGUGCAUGCGUUGCUGGCGUUGUGGGACUGAAAAUGCCUCGCUAUUGCUUAUUUGGCGAUGCAAUCAACACGGCCUCGCGACUAGCGUCUCACAGUGAGCCAGGACGCAUACAAAUAUCCUCGCGUACUUACGACCAUUUUAUCACCGUAUGCAAGUCGGACCAGCCCCAACUUUUAACCGUCACUCAACGAGGUUCUGUUCUUUUAAAGGGAAAAGGAAGCGAAUUAACCUAUUGGUUAGAUGAAUUGCCAGCCUAACAUGCAACAGAAGAUACGCGAUGGCUCCCGCUUUUUAGUUACAUUAGCGUGACUGUAAUAAAUUGCCGUUGUAUGUAGUAUAUACCCUUGCUUAUGGUCGACUUGUAAGACUUUUAUCGGAUGAUAACAGCCCGCUAAAAGUUUUCGUCGAGUCAGUAUUAUUACAUGCGAUAAAG